UUCUCUUUCACUUCUUGUUUGCUUCAGUGUUUUACUUUCCUUUUUAAAAAAAUCUUUAAAUAUAUUGUGAAAGCCCCCAAACCCCUAAGGCUAAGAAGCAGAGACAGAAUAAAAACCAACAAUCAACAACUGGGAGAGGUAGACGGAGAGCAGAGGAAACAGAAGUUACUCCCCUCAGAGUAAGCAGGAAUUUGUCUUUGUCUUGUAUUUUCUCUUCCAUGGUGGCUUUUUAUAUUCUAGUGGAAUGCGCCUUUAUUUCCUGUUUGAGAGCUCCGGAACCCGAAGAGAACAUACCACUUUCAGCAUGGCCUCUGAUGUCCCAAUGCCAGCCCCAGUGUGUCUAAUUGAGAACAUGGAAGGACAACUGGUAGUGAACCAGAAAUCGCUGGAGAUUCUUUCUUCAAUAACUGAGCCUGUGGUGGUGGUGGCCAUUGUGGGCCUGUAUCGCACUGGCAAGUCCUACCUGAUGAAUAAGCUGGCAGGGAAGAAAUCAGGUUUCUCCCUUGGCUCCACAGUGCAGUCUCACACCAAGGGCAUCUGGAUGUGGUGUGUUCCUCAUCCCAAGAAGCCAAAUCACACCCUCGUUCUCCUGGACACUGAGGGGCUGGGUGAUGUGGAGAAGGGCGACAACAAGAAUGACACGUGGAUCUUUGCCCUGGCCGUGCUACUGAGCAGCACCUUUGUCUACAACAGCAUGGGCACCAUCAACCAGCAGGCCAUGGACCAGCUGCACUAUGUGACUGAGCUGUCAGAACGCAUCAAGAGCAAAUCUACCCCCACUGAUGAGGUAGAAAACUCCUCAGAAUUUGUGUGCUUCUUUCCAGACUUUGUGUGGACUGUGCGUGAUUUCACCUUGGAGCUGGAAAUGAAUGGGAAACCUAUCACCCCUGAUGAGUACCUGGAGUCUGCACUGAAGCCUAAGAAAGGUAAACCUGAGGAAGUUAAAAUGUACAACCUACCUCGUCAGUGUAUCCGCCAGUUCUUCCCCAACAAGAAAUGCUUUAUCUUCGACCGACCUGCCCACAGAAAGAAGCUUUCCCAGCUGGAGACACUUCAUGACGAUGAACUGGAUCCAGAAUUUGUGGAACAAGUUAAAAACUUCUGCUCCUAUAUCUUCAAGCAUUCCAAUGUGAAAACUCUCCAGGGAGGCAUCAAAAUCAAUGGGCCCCGUCUAGAGAAUCUAGUCCUGACCUAUGUCACGGCCAUCACCAGUGGAGACAUGCCCUGUAUGGAGAACGCAGUCCUGGCACUGGCUCAGAUAGAGAACUCAGCGGCAGUUCAGAGGGCCCUUACACACUAUGAAGAGAUGAUGAAACAACAGGUCCAGUUCCCCACAGAAACCCUUCGGGAAUUGUUGGAUAUACAUGCCACUUGUGAGAAGGAAGCCAUUGAAGUCUUCAUCAAGGAUUCUUUCAAGGAUGUGGACCAGAAAUUCCAGAAGGAAUUGGCGGGCCAGCUAGAUGCCAAGCGAGAUGCCUUUUGUAACAAGAACCUGAAGGAGUCGACAGAACGGUGCAGAGCUUUGCUUCAGGACAUUUUCAGGCCUCUGGAGGAAGCAGUGCAGCAGGGAGACUUCUCUAAACCAGGGGGCUAUGGUCUCUUUCUGCAGAAGACCAAGGAGCUGAAAGAGAAGUACUACCAGGAGCCCAGGAAGGGGAUGCAGGCUGAGCAGACUCUGCAGGAAUACCUGAAGUCCAAGGAAGAUGUAGCUGAUGCAAUACUACAGGCAGACCAGUCACUCUCAGCAAAGGAAAAAGAUAUUGAAUUGGAGCGUGUGAAAGCUCAGGCUGCAGAAGCAGCUGCAAAGCAGUUGGAGGAAAUGCAUAAGAAGAACCAGGAGAUGAUGGAGCAGAAGGAAAAAAGCUACCAGGAGCAUAUAAAGCAGAUGACUGAAAAGAUGGAAUCAGAAAGGAAACAGCUGAUAGCAGAGCAAGAAAGGGCCCUGGCUCUGAAACUCAAGGAACAGGAAAAUUUAAUAAAAGGAGGAUUCGCAAAUGAAACUAGGAAGCUUCAAGACCAAAUCAAGUCUCUGGAGAACAGACUGAGAGAGUCCAGAAAGAGGUCACCGUGUAUCAUAUGCUAAAGACCUAGGCCUUCUUCCUCUGGUUGACUUCCAACAUAACUUGAAGGAGUGUGUUUUGUGGAACACUUAUACUGUGAGGGCUAUUAGAAAUGCAAGGCUUAUAAGCCUGAGGAUAUGAUUUGUUUAGUUUUUUGUCCAAAAGUAGCUAGUAAUCUUCCUCAAAGACCUGUGAUGAUUUUAAAAUAGGGGGAAAGUGACUUUCCCUUUGCAUUGGAUUCCUAUAUAAACUGUCAACUUCUCUCUUUUUUUUUUUCUUGAAUAAAGUCAGGCUCUUGGUA